GGAAAUACCUAAAACAUGCAGGGAAACAUUCCAGUGGGUUUGAAGCCCCGAAGAGGUAUAAACUGCUGGAAAGAGACGUUGCUGUUGUUAUCACACAUUUCAGCUAUUGUCUACAACUUUGGAAAACGCAAAUACAGUGGACACCUUCUGAUGUCUCAUUGUUCCAACGGGACUUAUAUCCAGAGCCGACCACUGUGACCGCACAGAAGCAGGGUAUGUGAUCACCAGUCUCCGUGCCUAGGUCGAAUCUCCAAGAAAGGGAAAGCAGAGCAAGAUGAGGGAUAAUGAAGCUGAGUUUUGUCAUCCUGUCCCCGUUGGCAUUACUGAGAGAGCUGCUUUCAAGUGGGCCACGACAUUCCUGUCCAAGAUUGCUAUAAUCCUCCGGAAUGCUCCAAACUGGAUGCUCACUUUUACUCAGUUGAUGGAUAGACUGAUGCUGCUGAUGUCCAGGGACAGAAAAUAUCUUGAGAACAACAUCAGAGUCUGUUUGUCAAGUCACAGUUGCUUCACCAAAGUUCCAGUGAUCCCGAAUUCCUUGAAAAGGAAUAAAAACUUCUGGAAACUGGACUGCAGUCAGAUCACAGCAAAGAUGGUGCGCCGUCACUUUGGCGGACUCCUGCUAUACUUCCCAGAGUUGGCCUCUAAGCUGGAAACGGAGAAGCUGGACAGCGCUCUCCCCUCUCCUCAACCUGCGUCCCGCAGAGCUGUCCAGGUCAGAUGCGAGGUGAAGUUCACCGGCCCUUUCUCCGUCGAAUCCCUGUUGAAGAGAGACAGCCCCCCUUCUCAGACCUCCACAGCCUCCCAUCUGUCUGGCAUGGAGCAGCAGCCUUUGCCCACGACCCCAAAAAGAGACUUCAUCCGCUACCCCGUGGAACCCGUUAUCUUACAGAGUUCAAAUUGCUUUUCCCACAUCGGCUCAGCAGGGGGCAGCACAGAUCACACACUCAUUGCCAACGGAGCUGUUCAACCCAUCAGGUGGAUUCCUGUGCACAAUGAUCCCUCGUCUGCUCCUUAUUUCACCGGCGCGCAGCACAGUUUCAUCACUUAUUCCGCACCAAUGUUUACUGAAGUCGCAUCUCAUGUUUGGCAAUAAAUUGUUUCACACCUGUAAAACCAGUCUCCUGCGUUUUCCUCUGGUGAAAUACGUCAAAGUACUUUUUCUUCUGAGAAACCUGUAAAAAUGUUGCAACUGCAUUCUUUCAAUAUUAGAAUGCAGAAGGUAUUUGAAAUGAGGAAAAUGUAUUUUGUCAUUGUAUUAGCUGUGUCUCAA